AUGGUAGAACACGGCGGCUUGGAUAUCAUGUGCUUGAACAAGCACCGCCACAGUUCAUCGUCCUCCUCCACUCCAGAGAAAGAAAAUAAAAGGUUUAAUAGGUUAAGAGUUAGUUUGACAGAGGACUACCCGAAGAAAAAUGCAGAGACUCUCAGCGCUCAGUAUGGGACCAAUUUACUCCUGUUCGGUGCGGCGCUAAUGCUCGCCGUCUCGAACCACGGUCAAGUCGUCAGGGAAGAGCAUCUCUUGUCAUUUAUCACCACCAUCAUGAUUGUGCAGCUCCUGUGGAUGCUGUCGUACAGCGUGAGGAGGGACAGGCAGAGCACAAAUAUGUCAGAAAAGGAUGCACACGCUGGCACGAGAUGGCUAAGAGGUGGGAUAACGGUUCUAGCGCUGCUUUCCUUGAUUAUGGAUGCUUUUCUUAUUGGUCAGUACGUGGGUUAUAAGGCAUGUGCGUCUGCAGCACAGGCGGUUUAUCCCGUCGUCCAUACGCUCCACACAAUAUCACAGGUGCAUUUUCUUUGGUUUCACAUCAAAGACGUGAUCAAGACUUUUGAGACGAUUGAGAGGUUUGGUGUCAUCCACGCAGUCUUUACCAAUCUGCUCCUGUGGUGUAACGGCAUCAUGUCCGAGUCCGAGCACUACAUGAACGCCCACAGAAAAAAGCUUUCUGCGCUGGAUAUGAACCACACAGAAGUGGAAAACAUAUCGGAGUGCAAUUGCUCCACCAGCGCCUGCUCCAUGUUCUCUAACAGCCUAUACUACCUGCACCCCUUCAACAUCGAGUACCACAUCCUGGUCUCCGCCAUGCUCUUUGUCAUGUGGAAGAACAUCGGUCGCACCAUCGAGCCCCUGCACAACAGGAAGAGGCCGGUGACCAGGAACACAGGCCUGAUUUUAGGCCCCAUCCUGGGGCUGGUGGCGCUGACCGGCACCAUCACUGUCCUGGUGGUCUAUACUGUCAAGUUCAAGGAGCCGUCGGAGAGCCACGGGGGACCUGAGAACACCAUGUUCUACAGCCACGGGAUCAUCAUGCUGGCCUGCAUGUGCACGGCGGGAAGCCUGGGCCUGGUGCUCUACAGGUUGGACAACCGGCCCCUGGACGCCUCCAAGAACCCUUCGCGGCAGCUGGACACGGAGCUCCUGUGUGGCUCCUCCGUGGGCGGCUGGCUCAUGUCCUGGUGCAGCAUGGUGGCAGUGGUGGCCAAAGGCGUCCCUGGCUACAGCUGGACCAUUUUCCUGUUCUCCCUCCUGCUGGUCCUGGAGAAGUACGUCCAGAACCUGUUCAUCAUCGAGUCGCUGUACCGCGAGCAGGAGGUGACGAACCCUCUCUCUACUCCAGAGGUCUUCACCGUCUCCACGCCCACCCACGACCUCCCCUCCAACGGCAUCGUCAACCGGGCCUACGUCAACCAGGACGGCGGCUGCGAGAACGGGCGGUCGCACGGCUGCCCUCCGGAGCGCCCCGAUUUCUCACUCUCCGCGCUGGCCAGCAGGGCGGAGACACUGAGCAUGAAGAGGCAGGUUCUGAAGAAUAUCGCAGUGUUCCUCUUCCUCUGCAACAUCUCUCUGUGGCUGCUAUCAGCCUUUGGCUGCCGGCCCCAAUAUGAUAGCAGUUUGGAGCAGGAGACCUUUGGAUUUGCCAUUUGGACCACGGUGCUGAACUUUGCCAUGCCCCUCAACCUCUUCUACCGCAUGCACUCUGUGGCCUCCCUCUUCGAAGUGUUCCGGAAAGUGUGA